AUGCCCGAUCCGCUCUCCGUCUUCGACGAGUAUGUGCUUGGGCAGGUGUGGGCGUGCUUGGACGUCCAGACGCGCUUCGUGGCGUCCAACGUGAGCCACGCGUGGCGGGCGUCCCAACGGCCUGGGUGGAAGCGCGUCGCUUUGGGCUCGUCACUAGCAGAGGACCGAAAGGAGUAUUAUAUCGACCUUGAGCGUUCUGGAGAGGUAGUUUAUUGGCGUAGGCUUGCAAUCACUCAAUGCGUGAGCGAUGAGCGCUGGGCAGCCUGCCGCGCGCGGGAAAGCUGGGUCACCGCGCCGUCUCACUGCGUCGAUUACCUCUCACCGAGCUUUCACGACGUAUACCACAGCUCAAUCAUGUACGUGGCUGGCGGGGCUGGGCCUGCUGGCUUUAACACCUUUGCGCUCGACACCCGGGGCCUCACAACGACACCCUUCGACAUUCCGCCAGACACGCUCGAUGCGCAGGAGGUACGCGGAGCCGGCGUUGCCUUUCUACGUGGCGAGGAGAUACACGUCACAAUGGGCAGUCUGGGGGGCCAGAGGAACCAUGGUACCACCCGGCAACUGCUCAGGACAUUCGAUGUCUGUUUCGACCCGCGCACAGAGGCUACCAACGACGCUCACGUUGUCAGUGGAGGCGAAUACGCCACCUUCCGCUAUGUCGUGGGUCCCAACCGUGAGAGGCAGUUCCGCGCGUUCCAGAGCACCCCACACGUUUCACGCAAGAUGGAGCUUGAGCUCCCGUACGACAUGCCAUAUGCUGUAAGUCGAGCUCCACGCGCCAACUAA